AUGGAAUAUGAGGGCUGGGAAUCUAUAAAGGAGAAAGACGUCCGCGUUGACAGUCUAUCUGCUUCUCUCGUCAUCAGCAACAACAACUUCCACAACACUUCAAUCCAAUAUUCAACACUUUCAAGUUCCUCUACCCACACUCUCCAACAACACUUCAACCCCACAAACCACCCAACCACCAAAAUGCAGAUCACCAACAUCCUCAUCGCCGCCCUGGUCGCUGGCUCUGCCACUGCCGCCUCCGUCUCCUCCCGCGCCGCCCGCCUCGCCGCCCGCCAAACCGGCGCCCCCUGCGAGCGCAUCGGCGCCAACGACGCCAACUUCGGCGUCGCCGACCUCUCCUCGGGCGUCGUCGUCAAGAAGGUGCUCUCCUUCGCCGUCGGGCCCUCCGCCUCGGGCCCCUGCUCCCUAAUCGGCCAGUUCAACGCCGGCUUCCCCAUCGACCUCGGCGGCGCCGAGUUCUCGCGCCUCGACGUCCGCAACGUCGCCACCGGCGCGCUCGUCGGCUCGUUCCCCCCGCUCAAGGUCGAGAACAACGUCGUCGUCGAGGACACGUUCGUCACGAUCAACAGCUUCACCUGCGCGGACAACGUGGCGUUUGAGUUUGCGAUUGCGAACGACGGGGAGGCGGACGUUGAUAUCAAUGUUACUUUCACCGCGUCUGAGCAGGGCGGCUUCUUCAUCAAGAAGGGCGACCAGUGCCCCAUCUAA